CUUCCAACAAGAACAGGGGAAGCUUAAAAAUUGGCAAAGAAAUCGCGAUGGAAGAGGGGGAAACAGUAAGAAUAUGACUCCAAUAAACAAAACCCACAAAAUUUCAAACGUAUCCCCGCUGAAAUAAGGCCGAUUUGAUUGAAAAUCUAAGCAACAGAAGAAAGUCUCGAUGAAUGAUAAAAGCUAACCCUAAUCCAUUCGAAACGAAGAAAGAGAGGGAAAUAAGAAAGAUUACCGGGAAAACGUGUCGCCGCCUCCUUCGCCUUUGCCGUCGUUGAUUAUGUUUGCUACGAUCACUGGAGUCGCCGGAGAUUGUAUGGAUGGAGGAGAAAGAGUGAUGGAAUGGGAACGCGAGAGUCAGGGAAAAAAAAAAGGCAAGCCCGAUACAGUAAAAAGCUAAUAAAGAUCCGAACCCGAAUUUUAAUUAAAAACACGGAAACUACACGCGAGCUUCAAAUCACGGGCUCAAUUUCAUAUUCCUUCUUCUCUGUCUUAAAAUUAUUAUCCAAAUUGAGAUUUUAUUUUUAAUAUAUUUUGAAAUGUGGUUAUUUUUAAUGAAGAUCUCUUAUAGAGAAUACAAUCUAUAUCAUAAACCCAAUAUUAAAAAACAACCCAAAGAAGCACAUCUUUGCUGGACACUCCAACUAACAAUGAUAGUACCAUGAUAAAAUCAUGAAACCACAAAGAUGGAAGUGGAACAGCAAUUACAUAAAUUCGAUUAAAAAUAAUUUAAAGCUAACACCAGCAAGAAGUAUGAAAUUAGUCAAAUAGUGCUAAGAAGUAGAAGUUUCCUUUACCGGAAUAUAUACAGGCUGGAGAAGAAGCAGAAGCAGCUUUAGAAAUGAAGAUGGAACGUUUGGAAAUAAUACUGAUUAGGCACUGUACUAAACUAAUACUGAUUUGACAAUGACAGAUUUUUAAGCCCAGAAAUGUGAUGAAGCUUGAAAAUUUCGUCGGGACACCUUGCCGGUCGGCAACAAAGUCGGCGAAGUAUAGAGAGGCUUCCUUGAAUAGUACGCCGGAACCACGGAUAAGUUAAAAAAAAAAAAAAAAAAAAAUACUACUAGUAUGAUAUGUUGACGAUCAGUUUUUGUCUUUUUCCUUAACUCGGUUGACGGUUCCGCUAUUACUACUAUCAUUUUGGAAAGCUUAAUAAAAUUAGUCUCUCCGGCAAUCAUCGCUCAAUACCAAGAUGGAAGCUUUAGUCUGCAAAAAACUGGGCGAUCCGACGUUGCCUUUGGAUCAUUCCGACGCCCCAUUUACUCUUUCAACUACUCACCCGAUUCCGGAACUCACCUCGCCCACUUCUGUCCGGGUCCGGGUCAAAGCCAACAGCUUGAACUUUGCCACUUACCUCCAGAUUCUCGGCAAGUACCAAGAAAAGCCCCCUUUGCCAUUCAUUCCGGGCUCUGAUUACUCCGGCAUCGUCGAUUCUGUCGGUUCCAAAGUUACUAAAUUCAAAGUCGGCGAUCCUGUUUGCUCCUUUGCCGCGCUUGGCUCUUUCGCGCAAUUCACCGUCGCUGAUGAAUCCGAGUUGUUUGCCGUGCCGGAAGGAUGUGAUCUAGUAGCAGCUGGUGCUCUGCCGGUGGCAUAUGGAACCUCCCAUGUGGCCCUGGUGCACAGAGCUCAAUUGCAGCCUAAUCAGGUGUUAUUGGUUCUUGGUGCUGCUGGAGGAGUUGGGCUUGCCGCUGUACAGAUUGGAAAGGCUUGCGGUGCCAUUGUAAUUGCAGUUGCUAGGGGAGAUGAGAAGGUGCAGCUUUUGAAGAAUGUAGGUGUCGACUACGUGGUUGACUUGAGUAAAGCAAGCGUAAUAGACAGUGUCAAGGGAUUCUUAAAGGCUAGAAAGCUUAAAGGAGUUGAUGUCUUGUAUGAUCCUGUAGGCGGUAAGGUCACAAAGGAAUCUAUGAAAUUGCUCAACUGGGGAGCACAUAUUCUGGUUAUCGGCUUUGCAAGUGGGGAAGUGCCUGUUAUUCCAGCCAAUAUUGCUCUUGUUAAGAAUUGGACUGUUCAUGGACUCUACUGGGGAAGUUAUAAAAUACAUCGACCAGCCGUACUUGAAGACUCUCUGAAGGAGUUGUUGUCUUGGUUGGCAAGAGGAAAAAUUACCAUCAACAUUUCUCAUCUGGUCGGCUUUUCGGAAGCAAACCUUGCCUUUGCUGCUAUUAAAGAUAGGAAAGCAAUCGGUAAGGUGAUGAUUGUUUUUGACAAUCAAAAGCUCGCAAGAUCAAAGCUUUAAUAUCAGUAAAAUGAUGCUGGGGACUUGCAAGGAAAUAACGUGGUUCAAGCGAAGAAUAUGCAGGCCAGAAUAUCUUCCUCAUGCCAAGUUCUUCCCCAGUCUGUGUGGUGAUCUUUGGACUGAAUUUUUAUUAAGGAGGGAUUAGAAACUGAAUUGUAUUGGAGCCAACAGUAUGAUUCGAAGUGGGGUUAAAAAAAAAAAACAGAAAGAAAAAAGAGAAAUAGAAGUAAAAACCUUUUGUUCCUCUUAAGGAAACAGCAAUAGGUUUGUAUGUUAUAAACAGAAAUAAACAUUGUUACUGCCGUACUUGUAUAAAUGGUAGAAAUCAGUUCAAUUUCCUUUUCUCUCCCGCUCUCCUGGCCUUUUUCCAUUUGAUUCCAUGUAGCGGGAUGAUGUAUACUUAUUUAUCUGGCAUCCACUUGUGUUGUGCAUCUGGUAACUGGAUAACAGUUCUCAAG